CGUAAAGUUCAUGCGAAUUGGUAUAAAUAUGCAAAGAGCCGCCUCUGUUGGCCGCAGUAACCAAUCGAGGCGGACUCGGAGCAGACCACCAGCGAGGAUCAAAGGAUAUAGGACACAUCAACAUGCAGUACACCCUGCUCGUCAUGGCAGCCAGUCUGCUGCUCAGCUUGGCCCAGGCGAGGCCGCAGGUGAGACCCCAAGCCCAAGGGGAGCCCAUUCCCAUCAUCCGGCAGGAGCAGGAGGUGAACUUCGACGGCUCCUACAAGUACCUCUACGAGACGGGCAACGGGAUCAACGCCGAGGAGGAGGGCUAUCUCAAGAACCCGGGCACCGACAACGCCGGUCAGGUCGCACAGGGCUCCUUCUCGUACACCUCGCCCGAGGGCAUCCCGAUCCGGAUAACCUAUCUGGCGGACGAGAACGGCUUCCAGCCGCAGGGCGACCACCUGCCCACCCCGCCGCCCAUUCCGCCCGCGAUCCAGAAGGCGCUGGCCUAUUUGGCCACCGCACCGCCGCCCCCGCAAGAGCAGCCCGGUGGGUUCAACAACCGACGGGGCUAGAGACCCACCGCUACUCGCAAUCCACAACCCGCCACCCGA